UCCAAGAAAGCUUACUUCUCUAGACCCACUUAAUUUCACUCUAAUUAGCACACUUUUUUUCUAAAUUGUGUAUCACUUUCUGUUUGUGUUGCGAGUAAUUAAUUAAUUAACUAUGGCUUCAACAUUGAUGUGCUCACAAACUUGUUCACCUUUGCUAGUAAACAAAGCCGGUGGCGUCUCGCACAAAGUAAACAAUAGUAGUCUCGCCCCUUGCUUGGCCACUUUUCCGAAAAGGCGGUAUCAGCUGCCGGUGGUGAGAGCUCAGGGCGGCGAUGGCGGCAAGGACUCGUCGGUGGACGUGCAAGUCAGUCAGGGCAGUAACCAAGCAUGUAAUGCAGUGGAAAAGAGGCCUAGAAGAUUAGCCGUUGAUAUUUUACCUUUUGGACUAUUGGACCCAAUGUCCCCAAUGAGAACCGUGCGCCAAAUGCUAGACACAGUGGACCGUCUCUUGGAGGACUCCUUGGCAUUCCCUGCCCUCAAACGCUCACCGGCCGAUCACGUCCGAGCUCCGUGGGACAUCAAAGACGACGAGCACGAAAUCAAGUUGCGAUUUGACAUGCCGGGGCUCGACAAGGAGGACGUCAAGGUCUCCGUGGAGGACGACGUGCUCGUCAUAAAAGGUAAGCACAAGCAAGAAGAAGAACAACAACAAGAAGGCAAACAAGAAGAACUAUGCUUAUGCUCCUAUGACACCCGUCUCCGGCUUCCCGACAACUGCGAGAAGGACAAGAUCAAGGCCGAGCUCAAGAAUGGAGUUCUCUACAUCUCCAUUCCCAAGACCAAAGUGGAACACAAGGUCGUUGAUGUUCCUGUUCAGUGAAAGCUUCUGAAUUUCUCGACCUCUUUCUGGUGUUUAUGCUAGUAAUAAUUAUCUUCUGUUUAUCAUUCCCCUGUUUUUACCCUGUUUAUAUAUAUGCAAAAAAAAGUGUGUGUGAAUGGCAAAAGGACUGGUUUUCUGUUGCGAAAUGCAUAUGAGAUGAAAAGCUAUU